AUGAGGUCUGUUCUCUCUUCCCUGAGCUGCAUGUGCGCCUUGCGGUAAAGCUCACACAGCAUCAGUAACAUUUGGUGGCAUAGGGGCUAUUAAUCUGCAAAAAUGGCCCUUCACGUACCUAAGGCUCCGGGAUUUGCUCAGAUGUUAAAGGAUGGCGCCAAGCACUAUUCUGGACUUGAAGAAGCAGUAUUCCGUAAUAUUCAAGCAUGCAAAGAACUUGCACAGACCACAAGGACCGCCUAUGGACCGAAUGGCAUGAAUAAAAUGGUCAUCAACCACCUGGAGAAACUUCUUGUUACCAACGAUGCUGCGACCAUUCUGAGAGAGCUUGAGGUUCAGCACCCUGCAGCCAAGAUGCUGGUGAUGGCAUCCACCAUGCAGGAAGAUGAGAUCGGGGAGGGCACCAACUUUGUCAUGGUGUUUGCCGGAGCCCUUCUCGAACAUGCUGAAGAGCUGCUGAGGAUGGGCCUCUCAGUGACUGAGGUCAUCGAGGGCUACGAGAUGGCAUGCAAGAAGGCAGUGGAGAUUCUACCCAACUGUGUGAGCUCCUCAGACAUUAACUUGCGUGACAUUGAUGUGGCCACAGCCAUGAUUCGCACAGCUGUCAUGAGCAAGCAGUAUGGCAAUGAAGACUUCCUGGCUAACCUCAUCGCACAGGCCUGUAUAUCUGUCUACACCGAAUCUGGCAGUUUCAAUGUGGAUAAUGUCAGAACAUGCAAAAUUCUGGGCAGUGGACUCCAUUCCUCCUCUGUGCUUCAUGGAAUGGUCUUCAAGAAGGAAACGGAGGGAGACGUCACAACCGUCAAAGACGCCAAGAUUGCCGCAUAUUCUUGUCCAUUUGACUGCAUGGUGACCGAGACAAAGGGCACAGUGCUGAUCAAGAAUGCAGGCGAGCUGAUGGACUUCAGUAAGGGAGAGGAGGACAUGAUGGAGGCCCAUGUGAAGGCCGUUGCUGACGCGGGCGUGAAUGUGGUGGUGACCGGGGGCAAGGUUGCAGACAUGGCACUACACUAUGCCAACAAAUACAACCUCAUGGUGGUUAGGCUUAACUCUAAAUGGGACCUGAGGAGGUUAUGCAAAACUGUUGGAGCAGUUGCACUGCCUAGAGUGACGCCACCCACACCAGAGGAAAUGGGCCGCUGUGACAGUGUCUACCUCUCAGAAGUGGGCGACACACAAGUGGUUGUGUUUAAACACGAGAAGGAAGAUAACGCCAUCGCCUCUGUAGUGAUUCGGGGCUCCACAGAUAACCUGAUGGAUGACAUUGAGAGAGCUGUUGCUGAUGGAGUGAACACCUUCAAGGCUCUUGUCAGGGACCAACGCUUGGUGCCUGGUGGCGGGGCCACUGAGAUUGAGCUGGCCAAACAGAUCACAUCUUAUGGAGAGUCAUGCCCGGGGUUGGAACAGUACGCUAUCAAAAAGUUUGCCGAGUCCUUUGAGGUGGUGCCCAGAGCCCUGGCUGAAAAUUCAGGAGUGAAGGCCAACGAGGUCAUCUCUAAACUCUACGCUGCUCACCAUGAGGGACAGAGUAACAUGGGCGUCGACAUCGAGGGUGAGGGGCCUGCACUGACUGAUAUGGUGAAGGCCGGUAUCCAGGAUCCCUUUGUGGUGAAACACUGGGGCAUCAAAUUGGCCACCAACGCCGCCAUCACUGUUCUUCGGGUUGACCAGAUCAUUAUGGCCAAGCCAGCAGGUGGCCCCAGGGCGCCCAAGCAGAGAGGCCACUGGGACAAAGACGAAUGGGAUGAGGAGCCUGAUCAAUUUGACACGCGUCAUUAAUAAACAGAGCAGGAGAAAAAAACACAAAAGAUAAUCAUGGCAAAGCCUGCCGGAGGUCCAAAAGCCCCCCAGGGCAAGAAAGACUGGGAUGAUGAGGACUGAGCCCUUUUUUUAAACACCCCCACAUGUGUGUCUAGCCGCCCUGCGAUUUUCACUGUGUAUUUAAUGCCCUCAGACAUGAUUUUUGUUUGUUUUGUUGCUUUUUUUGUAGCAAAUGCCAUGCAUACACAUGAGAUAAUGGAUGCCUCAUUUCAUUGGUCCCAAUAAAAGGCACUUGAGCUGUCA